UCGACUAGUACGGCCCGAUCCGACACGUUAGAGCCCGAUCUGUAUCAAGGAGUCGCCCUGUCUGGUCAAAUCCUCUCCUCAUCCGUCUAAUUAUCAACUGCCUCAAUCAUCACACUCCUACGAACUCAACGCGCUCUCAGUCUUCCGGGGCACUAGCCAACACGCAAAGAUGGGUCAGAGCAUGUCAUGGUUGUCUAGCCUGUCCAACCUCUUUUGGACAAAGAAGGAAAUCCGCAUAUUGAUAUUGGGCCUCGAUAAUGCCGGAAAGACAACACUACUAUACAGGCUCAAGAUUGGCGAGGUAGUAACCACGAUACCAACAAUCGGUUUCAACGUCGAAUCAGUCACAUACAAGAAUCUCAACUUCAAUGUGUGGGAUCUGGGUGGUCAGACCAGCAUCCGCCCGUACUGGAGGUGCUACUAUGCGAACACGGCGGCGGUAAUAUUCGUUGUUGACUCGACCGAUAUGGAGCGAUUGCAAACCGCGGCGGACGAGUUGGCCGCUAUGUUGAACGAGGAAGAGCUGAAGGACGCUGCCCUAUUGGUGUUUGCCAACAAGCAAGAUCAGCCAGGUGCAAAGGGGGCGGCAGAUAUCUCUCAGGCUCUCCGCCUGGGCGAGCUAAGAGACAGGAACUGGAGCAUCAUGGCCUGCAGUGCAGUGGAUGGGACAGGCAUCACAGAGGGCAUGGAUUGGUUGGUGCAAACCGUAAAAGAGGAGUAGUGGCCAAAGCAGGGAAUGCGCAAAUAUCACCACCGGCUUUGA